GGUAAGGCCACUUACUACGACACUGGUAUGGGAUCUUGCGGCCAGGAGCACACCGACUCUGAGCUUGUCGUCGCCAUCUCCAAGGAGAUCAUGAUGAAAUACGACACUGGAAACCCCAACAACAACCCGCUUUGUGGAAAGCGCAUCAAGUGCACUCGCGGAGGAAAGGAGGUCAUCGCCACCGUCGUCGACACAUGUCCUGGCUGCACUCCGGACCACGUCGACCUUUCUCGGGCCGCCUUCGGUGACCUUGGCGACUUCGCUGAGGGCAACAUCUCCAUCACUUGGGCCUGGUUGGACCCCAUCGACGAGUAA